AAUGACUGUUAGUAAUCUGUGUGUACCAGCUGUGUGUUAAUGUGGUUAGAGCUGUCUGGGAAGUUUUAGCCGCGUGGGAUAAUAAUGCGUAUUGAAACGUGUUAUUUUUGCUCUUCCCGCGUAUAUCCUGGACAUGGGAUUCAGUUUGUAAGGAAUGACUGCAAAAUAUUUAAAUUUUGUCGACCAAAAUGCCACAGAGCUUUUAAAAAGAAGAAGAAUCCCAGGAAAGUUAAGUGGACGAAAGCCUUCCGGAAAACUGCAGGAAAAGAGCUUGCAAUUGACCCGUCAUUUGAGUUUGAAAAGCGACGGCAUGUUCCUGUCAAAUAUGACAGGGAAAUGUGGGCCAAAUCUGUGGACGCCAUGAAACGUGUGGAGAAAAUACGUCAACGCCGACAAGCCCAGUAUAUGAUGCAACGAUUACGCAAGGGCCGAGAACUGGAAACACAACGUGACAUCAAGGAAGUCCAGAGAGACUUAUCACUGAUCCGGUCACCAGCAGCUGGUUUGAAACAGCGAAGAGCAAUGGAGGAGUCUAUUGUUGAAGAAAUCCAUGAGUCUGAUGUAGAAAUGGAAGAAGCAAAAUGAAGUGGUUUACAUUUUACAGACAGUCCUUGACUUAUGUAAUAGUUUGGUUCUGCAUACCUUACAUGAGUUGAAUUUUACUUACAUCAAAAAGUACCUUAAGUAUGUAAGUUUGUUCUAUUAAUGUAUUAGAUGGUAUUUUGUUGAUAGUAAAAAUGAUAAUAACAUUGA